UCCCUAAUUCCACAUGCUGGGCCAUGACACAGCGAAUGGGAUAAAGCACAAGGUCAAAAUACACAUACAUAUCCUCAGCGUAUAAUUUGUGAGGUUCAGUUCCAACUUCCAAGAAACGAAAAUUGAAAAAAUAAUAAUAGUAAUAAAGGGAAACAAAAGUUAGGGUUCAUUUACUACCGGCCGGGCAAGGACAAGAAACAGACACUUAGGCAAUCACUUGGUAAUUCUACUUCAACACUCUCCUGUUUCGCUUUCUGUUUGGUUUCCCCUCUCAAACAGUUGCAUUGUCCUGCUGCAGAGUCAGGCUUGAAUCUUUGUCCUGCAGCAGAGUCUGGCUCAAACUUUUUACAUCCAUGUGCAUAGUAAUUGGUGGAGGUGAAUAAGGAUAUGUCUUCUGAUACUGCAAGAGAAAAUGCAUCUGUAGUUGAUUCGUCAGUGACUGAAUGGAAAAAUGACAUGGGAAAUUCAGAUGAUUUUAUGGACACAUUGCUGAUGACUAUGCCCACUUUCUACAAUUCUCAUAGUGUACAGAAUCAUUUAUACGGUAAAUGCCUUUCUGAAUUUAUAUUUUCAUGUUUUAUUCAUGAAGUGUCAAUCUGGUUUUUAUCAGAUAACGGCGAUGGUUAUCCUGUUAGGUCACAAGAGCUAGAGCAUUCCCAGGUGGCAGACAAAAGGGACAAAUUGUGUAAUACAAGAUAUUUCAUCAUUAAGAGUUUGAACCACCAAAAUAUUCAACUAUCGAUUAAAAAAGGAAUUUUGGCUACUCAAGUCAUGAAUGAGCCAAUUCCGGAAGAAGCUUUUCAUAAUUCUGGCAGUGUUAUUUUAAUAUUUAGUGUCAACAUGAGUGGUUUCCUCCAUGGUUAUGCACAAAUGAUAUCUUCUGUUGGAUGGAGGCGAGACAAUGUUUGGAGCCAACGAAGUGGUAAAGGUAAUCCUUGGGGCUGGAGUUUUAAGGUCAAAUGGCUUUGUUUAAAUCACCUGCCCUUCCAAAAAACUCUAUACCUUAAGAACCCAUUGAAUGACUACAAGCGAGUCAAAAUCAGCAGAGAUUGCCAGGAAUUACCUCAAGAUAUAGGGGAAGCUCUUUGUGAGCUACUAGAUGUGAGUAACGAUGUGGAUGUUUCACUGAACAGGGAUGAUCUAGCUUUGAAAAGGCCUUGCCUCGAACCUCCAUAUUCUUUAAGAGAUGAAGAUUAUAAUGUGCCUCCACUGCGCAUGUCUUGGGCUGGUACGCCCAUGCCUUACAAUCCCUUUCUCAUUCCACAUACUUUGGCUACCGACUAUUUUCCUACCACUAUGGGAGCAUCAAAAUUUGCAAACAUAUGAAGAGUACCCAGAAGCCCAUGGCAGAAUCAGCAAACAACUAUGCCGCCAUGUGACGACACCAUCUCAGACUGGACAAGAGUUGACUAGUGGAAAGCAUGGAGAUUAUUCGUGAGUUAUACAAAUUUAGCACUGAAUAUUUCAAUUUGAUUAUUUGCAUUUUUACUCACUCAGCUUGAUGCAUUUGCUGAAAGGGUUUGGUAACUGAGCGUCGCCAUUCUCGCAAGAGGAAGCAUAACUUACCCUAGGGUUUUUUCCAGCUCUACAGCUGGAGAUGCAUGGUUUUUUUUUCUUUUGUCCAUUUUCAUCUGAUGGAGCUCAAAUUUACUUCAAGGUGGUGACUUAGUGCAAGUAAAAAAUGUUCUUCAAAUCGAUACUUGAGAUGCGAUUUUGACUCAUAAUUUCGUCGUGUUGUACACAUAUAUGCACUUAUUCUAUGAACUGAUUGUAGAAUUUUUACAAGGGGCAGAUUGCGAACUUGUACAUAUAUCAACGGCAGUA